UCUGAUGUGGCGUCUUCACUGUUGCCUGACACGCUUCUCCGCCGAAUUACAGUCAACUUUUGCACACUUUAUAAGCAGCGGUGAAGCAACACUUCUGGUAUUAUUGAGCAUUUUGUUGCUGGCUCUUUUCCCGGGGUACGCGACAGUGACAUCAUACCUAAGCGAUGGAGACACAGCGGAGCUGAUUGCCCUUCAAAAUAAUGCAACUACCAGAAAAGUCGCCGAUAUAAUGUGGCUCUUGGACAACCUUCCGCCGGUCGCUUGUCAAGCGGUGGGGAUAAUUCACAGUAUCAGUUAUUGUGCACGGAAAAUUGUACAAUGUUUCAUUAUCGUUUUUGCCUGGAUUGUGUGGAUUAUUUAUAAGAAAAUUAACAAUAGUCUUUCCUUGCUGGCGUACAACGUCAAAUGGAGCGGAUACGAAGAGCUCGAGCGUUUGUUGCGACAACACAAAGUGUUUUGUGACAUAGUGGACGAGUACGACCAAUCUUGUCGCUGGAUUACGUUUUUGGCUUAUCUGGAAACUCUGUCCAUCCUACUUAUGUACAUGUAUGAAUUAUGUAAAGAUUACGUGGCGCAUGAUCGAGCGGAAAUGAAGGAUACGAUGCACGUCGUAGUGGCUUGGGUCCUGUUGAUUUUUCAGACGGGCGCUUUAACGCUUAUCUCCGAAAAGAAGGAAGAAUUCCAUAAGCUGCUUCGUUACACAGCUAGCUUGGAAGUCAUGCCCAAACAGCGGAAAAAACAGCUGAAAUCAUACGUUUGUGAAAUGGAGCUGACGGAUAUGAACAUUACCGUGGCCGGUCUGCAAAUGACUCGAGAAACCUGCCUUGCGAUUGCGGCAGGAAUUCUCGGCUACAUUAUUCUGUUCUCGGAGAUGGGCGAACAAAACAUCAGCCACACCGGAGGCCCAGACGCAAACGCUUCCAGAUACGUAAAGACAAUGUAGCUUCUCGACAGGGUAUUAAUAUUCCCUUAAGUUUUUCAGCAAACUAAAAGGUGCGUUUAUUAUGGUUUGUACGAGGCGCUU